UUAAGUUCAUGCAUAACAAACACUUUCUAAAAAGUGUUGCAGGAGACCACACAGAUGAAGAAUGUGAGAUUAUCAUAUUAACCGCAAUGACAAUGCACCCCUAAUCAAUAAAGACACAGUGCCCAUCCAACAGAGACAGAAAAGAGGGCAUGAGUUGUGUUUGGAAGGAUGCCUAAGGAAGUCUAAUGAAGAUGUUUGUAAAGAACUUUCGCUGUUGAAGAAUCCAUUUGUGGUGGACUCCAUCAGCUGACAGUAUAAUGAAGAACCAGACAAUUGUGACAGAAUUCAUCCUUCUUGGAUUCUCUGCAAAUAAGAGACUGGAACCUCUAUUCUUCUCUUCUGUUUGCAUCACCUACACUGUUGCUUUGCUGGGCAAUUUUGUCAUUAUUACUUUGGUAUGGUGUGAUCACAGCCUUCAUAGUCCAAUGUACAUCUUUAUUGCCAAUUUAUCUUUUUUAGAGACCCUUUACACCACCACAGUUAUUCCCAAAAUGUUAGACAACCUCAUGAAUCAAAGAAAAUCCAUUACCUCUCAAAAUUGCAUUCUGCAAGCUUACUUCUACUUCUCAGCAGGUUCCACAGAGUUCUUCCUUUUGGCUGUUAUGUCAUUUGACCGUUAUAUUGCCAUUUGCAAUCCACUGAGGUAUACAGCUAUCAUGAACACACCAUUUUGCAUCAAACUCUUAGCUGCCUCUUGGAUGUGGGGCUACUUUGUUGUGAUCCCACCAGCCAUCUUGGUAGGCCAGCUACCAUUCUGUGGACCUAAUGCUAUCAACCAUUUCUUUUGUGAUGUUGAUCCCCUACUCAGGUUGGCCUGCUCUGAUACAAGAAAUAUUAAGAUAAUUAGUUUUGUCAGUUCAGCCUUGCUCCUUUUAGGGUCAUUACUGGUAACAGGGAUCUCCUACAUUUUUAUCAUCGCAACAGUCAUUCGAAUCCCCUCAGCCAAAGGGCGCCAGAAAGCAUUUUCAACGUGUGCUUCACAUCUAAUUGUGGUGACUCUCUUUUAUGGAAGUUCGAUUUUCAUUUAUGUUCAGCCACAAAAAAGCUACUCACUGGACCUUAACAAAGCGGCCAGCAUUCUGAAUACAGUGAUAACCCCACUACUGAACCCAUUCAUUUAUAGCCUGAGAAACAAGAAAGUUAAAGAAGCCUUGGCACAUUUUAUCAGGAAGAAAAUAUCUCCACUAAUUCACCUCAAGUUCUAA